AUGUUCAAAUACCUUACUUCCCCUUUGGUGAAACAGGUACUUUUGGUGUCAAAUUGCCGGACCAAAAUCAACACAUUAAGACUUGGUCGUUUACCUUGUCAAUACAAAACCUAUGCUACUGAUUCCAAAGAUUUCACUAUACCAAAGACAAGAAAUAUCGGUAUUAUUGCUCACAUCGAUGCCGGUAAAACAACAACGUCCGAAAGAAUGCUGUAUUAUGCAGGCGUGACGAAGCGUAUUGGAGUACAUGUUAGACUGACAACCGGGGGAACACACAAUAUAGACAUUGAUGAUGGUGACACAGUCAUGGAUUAUCUCGCAGCAGAAAGAGAGAGAGGUAUCACAAUCAACAGUGCGGCUAUCACGUUUGGAUGGGAAGGUCACCGUAUCAACCUAAUUGAUACACCCGGUCACGUUGAUUUCACAAUGGAAGUGGAAAGAGCCGUUAGAGUGCUAGACGGAGCCGUAACCAUUUUGGAUGGUGUAGCAGGCGUUGAAGCACAAACAGAGACGGUAUGGAAACAAGCAGAUCGAUAUGAUAUCCCUCGAAUUGCGUUUGUUAAUAAGUUGGAUAGAACUGGCGCUGCAUUUGGAAGAACAGUAAGAGAAAUGUGGAAGAAGCUUCGAACACGCCCCUUAGUCAUUCAAUUACCCGUCAUGAACGAAGAAAGUAUGGACGAACGACAUAAAGGAUUAAAAGCUGUUGUGGAUUUAGUAACAAUGGAGAUGAUUCAAUGGGAUCCGGCUCACACAGACGGUUCUGUUUUAAAACGGGUUCCAUUAAAGGAAGUUGCCGAUGAGAAGCUAUAUACGGAGGCCGUUAAAGGCCGUACGGCUUUGGUUGAAGCUUUAGCAGAGAUGGAUGAUGAUAUUGUAGAAAUAUUUUUUGACGAAGCCGAUGGUGAUCAUAUGCUUGUCAAAGAGACUCCGUUGAAGGAAGCAAUAAGAAGAGUCACUAUAUCUAACAAGGCGGUUCCUGUUUUAUGCGGUGCCGCUUUUAAAAACUUGGGUGUACAACCUUUAUUGAAUGCUGUCAUUGAUUAUCUCCCAAGUCCGUUAGAUAGACCCUCAGCUUUAGUCACCUACAGUAGCGGAAAGACUGCAUUGAUCCCGUUGACAGAUCCCAAGUUAUGUGCAUUGGCAUUUAAGGUAGUUCACGAUGCUAGAAGAGGACCCAUGGUAUAUGUAAAGGUGUAUUCAGGAAAAAUUAAUACUAGAAUGACCUUAUUCAAUACGACCACUCGGGCAAAGGAAAGAGUGAACAAGCUAUUACAAAUGUAUGCUAAAGAGGCAGAGGAAAUCCCAACAAUUAAUGCGGGAAACAUUGGUGUUAUUGUUGGUUUAAAGGACACACGCACAGGUGAUACGCUUGUGCAAUCAAAUGAUACAGUAGCCAUUAAAUCCGGGCUUCAGUUAAGCAACAUUGACAUCCCCAGCCCUGCAUUUUUCUCGGCUGUUGAACCAGCAUCUGUCUCCGAAGAGGAAGCAGUUGAAACCGCUUUAAAGAAUUUGGUUAGAGAAGAUCCUUCGCUUAAAGUAUGGACCGACGAAGAAAGUGGCCAGCUUUUAGUGAGCGGUAUGGGCGAACUUCAUUUAGAAAUUGUCAAGGAUCGUUUGUUGAAUGACUUCAAAGUGAAGGCGGAAAUGGGUAAAAUGAGAAUUAGUUACCGCGAGACUUGUCAAUCAGAGUCGGAUGCAAGUGCCGAAUAUGAUAAAGAAGUGAUGGGUAAAAGGGCCCGUGCUGCUUGCCGUGUUCAGAUUUCGCCUCUUCAUGAAGAUUUUGACCAGCAAGUCGAAAAUAAUGGUUUGGAAGAAGGAUGGGUCGCAAAUUCCGGAAAUCAUUUAUCUGUCGCAGAUAUCUCUUUCUCGGAUGACUCUGUAUCAGAGAAGGACAAUCAGUUGAACCCGGAAGAGGUUAGACAGGCUGUUCAAAACGGUCUGUUGGGUGGUCUUGCGAGAGGCGCCGUUUUAGGUUUCCCUUUAACAAAGCUUAAGGUGAAGGCAUUUGAUCUUCAAACAUUUGGCCAAGACACCACAUUGGGUGCUAUUUCAGCGUGCGUUUCCAACGGUGUGUUUGAGGCCGUCAAAAAGGCCAACCCAUGUCUCCUUGAACCUAUGAUGGAGGUCUAUACCGAAGUCAACGAGAACCAUAUCGGUAGCGUUGUUAGUGAUUUGAGCGGAACUCGCAGAGGUCACGUUAUCGGGCUUGAAUCAUCUAUGGGAAAUGAUGAUACUGAAAAUAGUUCCGAAGACGUUCAAGUUUAUGCACCCGAAGACUCACUUCUUGUCAGUUCUGACGUUGAUGGAUAUAAGCCUAAACAGGUGAUUAAGGCGCACGUGCCUUUGAGUUCUAUGUUAGGAUAUUCUAGUGCGCUUCGUAGCUUAACUGGAGGUAGUGGUGCUUUUUCUAUGCGUGUUAUCGGUUAUGGAGAAAUGAGUAAAGAUAGAGAGAAGUCCGUUGUUUCUGAAAUGACGGGUUGGUAA